AUUCCGAUAGCAUUCGAGGAAACGGAGAGUGCGACAGUUUGGUGUGUGCUAACUUGUUUUUCCUUUCCAAAGAUGGCCUUGAUGUGUGUUUUACGUCAAACUGAGAUGCAUUUUUUGGGAUAUCUGGUGAUUGCAGUGUUUUUAAUACAUUCAUCAGUUGUUUCAGGUCAAAGUAACACAACACUCACGAGUGUUGUGAAAGCUUAUACCAUAACUAGUACACCUGUGGGCACUACAGGGUCUAUAUCACCAACCAAGUCCAGGCCUUCCCCAAGCUCUAGUUCAACUGUACCGACUCAAGCAACAUUAACAACUUCUGUUGCUGCUAAAACUAGCGAGCCUGCCACAAAGGAAAGCAGUAGAAAGUUUGAUGGUGCAUCAUUUGUUGGAGGAAUAAUCUUGGGCGCUUUUCUGACUGUAAUUUUUAUUUUGGUCUACAAAUGGUGGCAGGGUAGGAGCAAGAGUUAUCACAGUUUGUGAGUCAAGCUGAGGGGCUACUGAGAACUCUGGUGAUGCUGAAAAUGAAUUAUAAGAUUUUAUAACUGGUUUAUGUCAUUUUGUAUUUUUUGAGGAAAUUUCAUCGAGGAAGAAAUGAUGGAGUGCAUUUUGUGGCCAGCUAAUGGGAGAAGUGAAUUAUAAAUACUUGUUAUAAGUUGGUUUACUUAAAUUUGUUUUAGAAACUUUUUUCGUUUUUGGUUUGUAAUGCCUUUCAUGAUUCAUUACUCUGGGAAAGAGGGUCUACUUGUGGCCAAAUUGAAGAGUGAGGAAAAAAGCCUAUGGCAAGUGAAUCCUGACUGACUUCUACAUUCUUCUUCCUAAACAGAAGACAUCAACAAUCAGUGAGGGCUUUUAUUCUGUGCACCAUUUUAGUUCUAUAUCAACAAUUAUUUUUGUUCUUCAUUGUGCACUUCAGGUGGCUUUAAAUUUCCUUCGAUCCUCUCAUAAUCUCAAUAAUUUGUAUCAUUGUCAUAUUUUUGACAUUUUUUGUUUCUUCUAUAAGCCUUGUUCCUUCAAGUUUUGUUAUUAGGGUUCAUAUUAUUUCAUAAAUUCAAACUUUUACACGGAAGUUUUUGACAAAAGAGUUGACUAAGUGGCUACAAUUGACUAUUUUUCUGAAGCAAAACUAGGUGUCAUUUCAGGAGAUUUCAAUUUAUGAAGUCACAGUAGGGUAAAAUUAAUGGUUUUUACAUAGACCCAAGAGGGAUCUCUUAAGCAAUAGCUCACCAGAAUUAAAAACACCACAAGAAUACCAAUAAACAUUGUUUUUUUGGGUUUUUCUUUAACAAACUCACUGUAAAUCACCAAGGAAUUGUGUAAAAAUGCCAUUUAAGGUAAAAACUACACUUUCUAUUACAUUUAUUAUAUCAUUCUAAGAGGUUAUUAUAAAGUAGUCAAAUUAAAAUAAAUAAACUAUUUCCUUGGUUACGUUGUGCUGAAAACACUUAA